AUGGUUUUUGAUCCUCAAAGGGCGCUUCCACUGUGGGAGUUGGAUGCGCAAACUUUAAUUGGGAAGUCUCCUUCCUUCGAUUUGAAGUUGCCUUCGCCCGUCAAACUCGAGACUUUUCUCAUUCCAUCAAUUGACAAAUUUCAAUCAUUCAAUCAUUCGAAUCAUUUAGAUUUCUCAUCAUUAACUUCAGGAAACUCGGCUAUCCUUCAAGACGCGGUCAAGGUCACCUCUGCUUUCCUUUCAUCCCUCACCUUGCCAAACUCGGAGCAUGUGUUAGAAUCCAUCAAUUUCUGGGCUGCUGGGAUGCUUUGCUGA